AUGUCAGAAGAUCGAUUUUACCGGGCGAAAGGGCCGCAAAAUAGCCGUGAAAAGUCAAAUGACCUGGACAACCUGGCGGAGCAAUUCUCAAAGUUCUCCGUGGCAAAACCGCGAAAAGAAGAACAUCAGGAGCCAAAGAGUUACCAGCACGAUCACGAUCGAGAAGUUCGGCUUCAUCAUUCUGGAGAUUCCGGAUCUGCCAAGGACCAGAAUCACAACGACGAUUAUGAAAAGUACAGGCAUCAGUUCAAGAAUUCAAACAGAGGUCGUAGCGGAAAUCGCGGUCAACGAGGUCGUCUGCAAAACAACCACAUUCGCCAGAGCCACGAAGAUCAAGACCAAAAUCGUCAACAUCGAAAUCCUCGAAAUGAAAAUUGGAAGAAUCGAAUCCAGAACGGCGACCACGAUCACUCCUACAACGGCGAAAAUAGCCAAAACUACGAAAACAAGACGAAACAGAACAAAAGCGUCAAAAUGGUCAAGGGGCGAAAUACAGUCGACUUCAAGCCAAGCUACAAGCCGCCAGAUCUCCGAUUGGUCCCUGCUCCUGUUCACUGGACUUCCUACAAACGCCCUUACAACCAUAGGGAUGUCGUCGUUGUAAAUGGCCUAUUCGGGGAUGAAAACGACAUGUCCAUUUACAAUAGUCUACUUGAUGAGAUUCAAAACUCCGGCAUCGAUCAAGAUAAACUACUUGUUAAAUGGCACAACGACUCCCACUUGAUCGCCGAUGAUAAACAAGGAAAUUGGAAGAAGAGGUGUCCCACCUUCCUCAAAGUUGUGAAGAAAAUGACAGAGUACUUCAAAAUGGACGUGAAAGCGACGCGCUUCAACUGGUACAGAAAUUCGAGCGAGUGGAAACCGUUUCACCACGAUGCAGCUGCUGUAAAGGCGGACAAGGCGAAGACGCAGAACCUCACCAUUGCAGUCAGCUUCGGCAUGGAGCGCGAAGCUGCCUUUGAACACGCCAAGACAAAAACGACGAUCUCCGUGCCCCAGUACAACGGCACCAUCUACACCUUCGGCAAAGAAGUGAAUGUCGAAUGGCGCCACGGAAUCCCGGCAGUCCACCCGAACAAUUUCAAAGACGAAGGGCGCAUUUCAAUCAUCGCCUGGGGUUGGAUUGACGAUAUGAUCGAAGACUAA